GGCAGAAGGGGGGCGAAAGGCAUUUUCAGGGCUGCUUCUCCAGUAGUGCUAGCAUAUGCGUGGCCUCGAGUUAAAUUAUUUAACGUUUUGCGAGUUUGAUGUUUUGGUUUGCGCUCAUUUUUUUCCCCCCGGCUUCGUAUUUUUGAUGAAAAUGUGAGUCACAAUGGAAGAGGUAUGCCUGUGCAGAUUCUCACAGCGGAGGAACCUGCUCGUGUAUGGAGGCGUGGGCCCUCAGCGUGCGUGCCCCGUGGCCCUGUGUAGGCGAGGAGGGCCACAGGGAUGUGGGCCCUGAGGCCGCCCGGGUGGCGCAUGGCAGUGCUGCUUCGCGGACUCGCCAUGGUCGCACUCACCCACCUGGGACAAAGCUGCCCACGGCACGCUAUUGGGAGAAUCACGAUUCAAGACGGCGAAUACGGUGGCAGAACAAAUGAAAAAAUGCAUGCAACGGCACGCAGUGAAUAUGAAGUCGGCAGAAUGAACGGGAAAAUAUAUUCAACAACAAGAAGUGCUCACGAAGGUGCAAGAACUCAUGGAAAAAUGCAUUCAACGUCACGACGCCCUUAUGAAGCCACAUUUGGGCCCAGGCUACGUCUCUCGGGGAGCCUGGGAGACUCAUCUGUGUCGACCGAGUCAGACCGCUGCCGGGGCCGCGUGGAGGUGCUCUACGGCGGCACGUGGGGCACGGUGUGCGACGACGGCUGGGACCUGCUGGCGGCCGGCGUGGCGUGUGCGUGGCUCGGCUGCGGGGAGGCCCUGGCGGCGCCCGGGGCGGCCCACUUUGGCCGCGGCCGGGGCCCCGUGCACCUGGACAACGUGCGGUGCGAGGGGGACGAGAGCGCCCUCUGGGAGUGCGCGCACGCCGGCUGGGGAGACCACAACUGCGGGCAUCACGAGGACGCCGGCAUCGUCUGUCAGGGUGAGUGCUGCCGGGUAACGUUGUUGAGUGGCGCGCAGGUUGGCGCGACUGCACCGGGGGGGGCCCUUGGGCUGGAGGGGUCCAGAAGCUGGGCUGUGAAGAGUGGGGACAGCCGACUCCGCUUGAAUUGCUGCAGCGGGGUGCACUCUGGCGUCGUCUAUCAGGGGGCCUUUCCAACCACGACGAUGCGGCCGACUGUACAGCCGGUCUCCGAGUUCCCGAAAGGGCUCAAGCUGCUGCGCUUGGCGUGGGGCUCGGAGCCUGGACUGCGCCCCCCGCCACGCUGCCAGGGCCGCGUGGAGGUGCUUUACGAGAGCGAGUGGGGCACGGUGUGCGACGACGAAUGGGACAUGCUGGAGGCCGGCGUGGCGUGUGCGUGGCUCGGCUGCGGGGAGGCCCUGGCGGCGCCCGGGGCGGCCCACUUUGGCCGCGGCCGGGGCCCCGUGCACCUGGACAACGUGCACUGCCGUGGGGACGAGAGCGCCCUCUGGGACUGCGAGCACGCCGGCUGGGGAGACCACAACUGCGGGCACCACGAGGACGCCGGCAUCGUCUGUCAGGGGGCCUUCCUCACUACGCUGGCCCCGACUACCCCUACUCACCCUCCGACAAUGAGUUCGUCCAUCCAUGACUCCUCCAAUGUCACUUCCGCCAAUGGAAGUGACGCCACUGCAGAGGUGACACCAUCAACAAGCCUGCACAACCAAGACGUUCCCACGCGGCUCGUGGGCGGUGCAAGCCCGUGCGAGGGCCGCGUGGAGCUGUCCGUGGCCGAGGGGCAGUGGGCUACGGUGUGCGACGACGUGUGGGACCUGGCAGACGCAAGGGUCGCUUGCCGCUCAGUGGGCUGCGGCCCAGCGCUUGCCGCGCCGGGCUCGGCGGUCUUUGGCCGCGGUCGGGGGCCCAUCGCUCUCGACAACGUGGAGUGCGUCGGCACGGAGGCGAACCUGGGCCACUGCGCGCAUGCCGGCUGGGGCGUACACAACUGCGGGCACGGCGAGGACGCGGGCGCCGUGUGUGCAGGCACGUCUCCGACACGCAAGGAUUUAAACGAAUGGCCGGGGAGCGACACGACUUACGCGAGCCCUCUGGAGUUGUCCAGCGCGGGGACGGCGCGUUUCUCCUGGGUGGACACCCCUCCCUCCCUUCUGCCCCUCAUGCGACUUGUGGGAGAGGUGGAACCCUCGCCCAACAACUCUACCCGCCUACCACCGCUGCCACCGAUGUUGUCCUCCACCAACGUCCGCCGCUGCCAAGGCCGCAUCGAGCUCUUCCUCAUGGGCACUUGGGGCACCGUGUGUGACGACGCGUGGGACCUGACAGCGGCCAGUGUGGCCUGUGCCGCACUGGGCUGUGGGGCGGCCGUUGCUGCCCCCGGUUUGGCCGCCUUUGGCCCGGGACGUGGCCCCAUUUGGCUCGACAACGUCAAGUGCGAGGGACAUGAGGCAUCGCUUGUGCAGUGCUCGCACAUAGGCGCCUACGCGCACAACUGCGACCACACGGAGGACGCUGGCGUGGUGUGCGCAGGGCCUGGAUAAACGGCCAUCCCAGUUAUGGGAUUUCAACAACAAAACUUACAAUGAUAAUAAACCUCCUGAUCAAUGAGUUUGUGAUCAGAUGGCUCGGUGUGUAAAUGGCCACGUCAGUGGUAUUUCUGAGCACUGGUGUCUUUUUGUAAGCGCUGAGCAGGUAAUUGAGAGAUUGGGUUUAAAACCCAAGUGAUGAGUGUCUUGGUGGAUUUAUGCCUAUGUCGGAGAACCAAAGGACUAAUUACGAGGAGAUGGUUUAAAGUUCUAGGGCUUGGUGUGUCUCAUAGGGUUACUACAUAUUAUUUUCGUGGCUCGAGUGUCUUUUCAGUGGUCUGAUGUCCACGUCAGACCACAGGGUAAAACUCACUUGAGAUCCUUGGAUUCAAGCACCAGGUUAGGGGGCUGAAGCCAAGCUGAAGUCAUGAAUGAAAUUAAAAAUUAUGUUUUGAGUCCUGGGCUUCAACCUGAGACCUCGUGCAUCGUAAUUAUAAUGGUUUCAACCAAGUUUACCACGAACCACACAACAACAACAACAAAGAAACCCAUCACGUAAUUGUUCCUUUUUUUCCUACUGAAAUUGUCCUUAAACGGAGGGAUAAAAAAAUAUGAUACUACGUCAAAUGGGGGAUGCUGCCAUGUUGUAAUAGUCAGCACGCUGGACUUGAGAAGUCUCUGCUUCGAUUUCCCAGCACUGCAGUUAAAACAAAGAGAACGGUCUGCACAAAUGGAUAAUGCAAUUGUUUGACUGCCAUGUUCUGGCCAUCUCUCAGUCCAGCAGAUUUGGGGGUAGCAUUUCCACCAACUCUUGCAUCCCAAGUGUUGGAUCAUGGAUGGGCGUGUGGAACCACGCAGGACUGACAUCAUGUGAUGCAUUGGUGACUGACUUACUUGAAUUAUCCCUGUUUUGCCAACAUAAUCUGUAACUUUAUCACAAUUUUGUUUCAUGGUCAAGAUCAAGAGGCCAUCACCACCAAUGCCAUUGAUGUCUACACACUUCACCAUUGCUUCCUUUGUUUUGCUACACCCUCCCCCCCACCCCUUAAUUUGCGUAAUUGACAUUCAACCUCCCACGUCUACGCUACAAUAUCCUUACUGCGUGGCUUUAGAUCGGGGGUAGAGAACUUACGGUGCAUGGACCGCACAAUUUCAUUUUUUUCCCGGAUGAUUCACGCUUCGAAACGGUCAGCAAAAGAUAUUCAUCAAUCACACAUCUCAGUCACACUCAUCGGGUACAAAGGUAUUGGAUAAAUCCUCGAACCGCAACUCGUCUUAUCAAUGGCAGCUUGUAGGGUUCGUGAAACCUCCUUUUAAACGCGGCCCUAUUUCUUUCUAUUCGUGAUUUUCCCAUAAUGCAUAAUGCUUCCUAAUACUGGCACUUUUUUCACAGAUAACAGUUGCACGGCAAAUUAUUCCUGAUACCCGUGGUUAUCCGUGAUGUUAUUAUUGUUACUUUUGUAUGACCACGAUCAAAGUAAGUGCACGUGCGGAACUUGCUAUGAGCACGAGACAAGACAGACAGACCGCAGACACGAUUAUGCUCAGAGACACGGAACCGAAAAAAGAGACAAACAUACGCAGAGAUACAGAUACAGACAUGGAGAGAGAGAGAGAGAAGGACACACGAAUAUACCCUGAGAGAAAUUGAGACAUACACUGGGAAAAACGGAGGUAGGCGUUGGCAGGACAAGUCACUAACCACUAACAGCACACGGGUUGAGGAACUUGUGUAACUCAUGUGCAAACACUUUGCGCUUAAACGACCCCCGCUGCGCUUUAAAGCGUCCCUUACACACGAUUUUAUGGCUAUCAAGAGUCGCGGCAAAAGGUAUCAUUACCAGGGGGGUUAUCCAUGGGUAAUGGACGUUAAGUCAUUACCCAUAUCCACGAUUUUUUUGCGGAUUAAGAGGAGUCACAUGGCAAGUUCACCCUAUAAUAUGUGGGUUAUUAGCAACAUUCUAUCCCACAGAACAAGAGGAAAAUCAUGGAUAAUAGGAUUCGUGAUAUUGGUCCCUAUAUAAUUUCAGGUAAAGAGUUAUUUGUGAUGAUUUCGAUCUGGCAACACUGUUUCUCAUUUUAGCAUGCUCGGUCACUUCUGUAACCGGAAGGGCCACUUGCGGUGACAGAAGUGAGGUGUUGCAUUAAUGCGUGGCCCGCCAAAGGUAGCCACUGGAGCUAUGCACUUGUGAGUGUAACUUGAAAACUAAUUUCCUUACAACUGCUUUUUGUGUAUAGUUUG